AAUAGGAAAACUUUAACAAUUACUUGAAACUCUUAUAGAUAUAGUGUGUAUCAUUCGUGCUGUGUACAGGUUUCAAAUAUACAGCAAAACAAAUAACAACAAUGAGUGCAUCAACUUCAACUGACCCACUUGAAGACAAAAUUAUAGAUUUAGCCAAAGAAAGAGAGAAAGGAAUAACUAAUCAAGAUAUCCAGAAGGAAUUGAGUGAUAUUCCAGCUGCAGAUUGGACUAAAGUAAUUAAUAAAUUACUGAAAAAUGGGACAUUGGAGUUGUUUAAAGACAACAAUGAACUAUUCUAUAGAUUCAAAGAUCCUGAGAAGAAAGGUAAUUUGAAAGGAUCAGACAAUGAGGAGAAGGUUGUAUAUAAGAUUAUUGAGGAAUCUGGGAAUAAGGGUAUUUGGAUAAGGGAAAUUAGAUUUAAAUCAAACCUGAAUAUGACACAGUUAAAUAAAGUUUUAAAAAGUCUUGAAACAAAGAAGUUCAUCAAAGCCGUAAAAUCAGUAGCUGCAAGCAAAAAAAAAGUUUACAUGCUGUAUGAUCUGGAACCAGACAGCUCUGUGACUGGUGGCGCUUGGUAUCAGGAUCAGGACUUCGAAUCGGAAUUCGUGGAUAUAUUAAAUCAGCAGUGUCACCGCUUCUUGCAGGAAAGAUACGAAGACGCUCUGAAUCAAGGCGGUGGACCUUUGCUGAUUCGCAACAGGAGUUACGCGACGGCCAACGAUGUGCACAAGUUUAUAUCGGAAUUAGGGAUCAGUAAGAUCGUCUUGUCUGUUGAAGACUUGGAGAGUAUUUUGUACACGGUGGUUCUAGACAACAAAGCUGAAAGGAUUGUUAAUGCAAAUGGUUUGAAUUUCUAUCGAGUCAUUAACAGGUUUCUACCCUCGCCAGGAAUCGUGAAGACAACGUGCGGUAUUUGUCCUGUGGCGCAUAGAUGCGGAGAGACUGGACAAAUAACACCAAAAAUUUGUAGCUAUUUGACUGAUUGGUUAAAAGAAUAAAAAAAUA